UUUCUAUUUCGAAAAAUGGCGUCGUCAGAUUCGUUUAAUGAUUUUGUAACAUGUCCCUACAAUAAGGCUCAUAAACUUAUUCGUGGACGUUUGACAAAGCAUUUGGAACGCUGCAGCCGCAUUUCGGGCAACUCGAAACAAUUUCUGGUAUGUCCCUAUAAUGAGAAUCAUCGCUACAAAGCCGAAGAGUUGAGUCUGCACAUGAAAGAAUGCCCGGAACGCAUUCGCUGGCACAGCGAAUUGCAAAAGGAAGAUCCUCGGCAACAGGCCACAGAAACUACAUGGAGUAUUUCAGCUGAAUGUGAGGAGGAUUGGGACAAGGAACCCGAUGUGCCCACAUAUAAUCCCAUUAAAUAUUGUGAGGACAAUUUUGUGGCACGCACAACUGCCAUAAACGGAAAAUCGAAAGCAGCACGACGUGAUUUUCGUGCCAAUGAACGACGCCGUCUUGCCGGCAAACAGUAAAAUCUGAAUUUUUCUUUUUUCUUUCUUUUACAAAAAUAUUUACGUGUAUUUUGAAGCAAUAUUUAAAAUAUACAAAGAUAUUUGUCUUAAGCUUA